AUGAGCGAAAUAUUAGGCGCAAAUUACACGAAGAAAAGCACCCACAAAUGUAUUCAUAAGGCGGUGACUGAUGGCAACGUGAACAGUCCAAUGGAUGAAUUUGACAGAGAUGACCUCAAUGGUUCUGAACAUAGCAGUGAUCAAAGACAUGAAGGACAUGAGUCAAAGAAUGGUCUUUCUCGAUCCAGACAUCGUGUAACAACUUUUUCACUUCAUUCGGUUAUUGAUGGUGAAGUACAAUGCAGAUUUAACAUUGCAUGUCUAAUUUGUAAACAUAAAUUCACGUGCAACGAUACUAGAUCGACGUUUCUGGCUUAUUAUAUUUGUGAUGAUUGCAUGGAAAACGAAAAGGGACACGCCGAAGAAUUAGAAGCUGCUUUACUGAAUAAUAAUAAAGCACGACCAAUGUCGGUAGGUUGUGCGCAUGCGGAUUUGAGUGUUUAUGAUCAUUGUAAAUGUCAAAACUGUAUUCGACGACAACUUGUGAGUGAAGAACGACAAAAAGAGGUAGAAGUGCUACAAAGAUGUUGGCAUGAUUUAUGUCAGAAUAUCCGACAGAUGUUCCGGGAUGGUCUAAAUGCCAACAUGACAUCAUCGAAAGGGAAGCGAUUUAAUGUGGACAAGAUAAAACGAAAUGUUACGAUAUUGGCGGAGAAGGAUCCUCAUCAGUUGUACAAACGAUUGGAGAGUAUUGGACACGAAUAUGUUUUGAAUCUGAAAUCAGACGAUCUGUGGCAAAUACUGGUGGCCCCUCAAGUCGUACCUGCUCUUAUUCAGCUUUAUGAAGCCGGUGCUAAUGAGGAGCAAGUGGAACUUGAACGAGCUAAACUUUUUAUCAAGACUUUACUUGACCGCUUUUCAUGCCAGCAAGAAACUGCAAGGAAUAUGUCACCAUUACUGGCUGUCUUAAAUGAAGAUUAUCUUUCGCAGUUUGGCAUUAGUUGGAAAGUCGUAAAUCAUCACAUUUUCGACCGAGUCAUUUAUCAAGAUAAUCUUUUGUUAAAUUAUCUGCCCAACUUAGAAAAUGUUCUCAAGUGUAAAUUGAUAGUCCAUGAUGAUGAAAAUGAAGAUCAUCGACAACGUGCUUGCACUGAAUCUAGUAAUGCAGAUAUUCCUCAAGGCGCACUCGAACUUGCUCAAAGUUUUCGUGUUUUUCAUAAAUUAAUGGUUACAAGCAGAGAAAUAUUUAAAAAAGCCAGUGCAAAUAUCGUAUUGUACACCAAGCAGCAGAAAGUUAUUAAUCAUAUUAAGCGCAAAACGAAAGGUGAAUUGCUGAAAGAGAAUUUGGGUUUUUUCAAAAGCCAGUGGAAAAUGAUUCGUAAUUGCACUUUGCGGAAAGGUCAGUAUUACCAAUGGCAUGCUGAUUUGACUGCCUUUGGAGAUUUAACUGAUUUAAUAGAUGAUGAAUGCGGCCAUAGCGAUUCGGAAGUUGAUGAUAUUAAUGUGUCAGAAAGAUUACACGAACUGAUUGAAGAGGGACCUGCAAAUUCUGUUUGUGUUGAUGAAAAUGGCGAAGUAUUGCCUUAUGUGCGAUGCAAGAGGUGCAGUCUUCGACAUUGCUCUUGUGACGAGUGUCGAAUUUCGCAUAUUAUCACUUGUGGUUUACUAAUUGAUAACGAGGAUAUAAAUAAUUUAAUAUGGCCUGUGAGCGAUUGCUCUGGAAGAAGUGAUGAAAGAGAUUCGGAUGAAAAGCCGCAGCGAAAAAAAUCAUCUCUUCCAAGCAUUAAACGUUUGUCCAACCACAAUUUACGAUUUCAGACUGCAAAAGCCUUGUUCACUGUACACGAUCAUAACAGUAAAAAAGAAACAGCUUGGGGCGAUUGGCAGGUACCAUAUGAUUACACAGAUGACAUCGAUUAUCUCGACCACUGUCUCUGUGAAAAGAAAAGCAUGCAUGGCGAACGUGAAGAGGAGCGCGCAACUAAUAUUAGCGAUUCGUCUGAUUUAUCAAACAGUGAGAAAUAUCAAGAAAUUGUUAAGGAAGCAUUCGAACUGAUGGCGAAAAGACACAGAAUAGAAUCGCUGUCAAAUUAUGAAUCUGAGAAUAUUGAUGUGCGAAAGACUUCACCAGUAAUCGGUAAUGAGAAAACAAGCAUGAUCGGAAGCCCUGGUAAACAUGGAGUAAGGAGCUCGUUUUUAAUGAAGAAAUCGAAUCUUCGCUCAGAUGGAAAAUCUGAUUUUACAAUUGCAUCGGUGAGUAAUAUAAAUGUGACGAGGUUCAAAAUAAAGAAAGCAGGAAGUAAUGUAACAGUGGAUAGCGAUGGAACAGAAUCUGAUUAUGAAACAUCUUCAGCGUCAUUUCCAGGAUCAAAUCAGCGCGUGGACAGUUCUCAUCUAUCUAGACCAGAUAGGAUGAUGCUACUGAAAGAAAUGACUCGAAGACAUUAUAUUGAUCUAUCAAAGAAUAAUGAAGUAAGGGAUUUGGCGCUUGAGCUUUCUGGAAGAAAAACAAUGGAGAAACCGCAAAUGAUGCGCAAAAUUGGUUUAACAUCACCAGUUUCGAGGCUUAUCAGGAAGAGUAAACUUGUAUUUGAUAAAAACGAUGCGAAUAGCGAUGGCACUGCGACAGUGAAAUCCCUUUCGGCGUCUGCUCGUGAGCGAUUGCUUAGUGAAGUGAAAGGUAUGGAUAAGAAGAUUCGUGAAAGGACUUUAUUGCGUUUAGUUCAGUCGUACGAAGAUGAACAUUGGACAACAAGGUCCCCCGAGGAUGACAAGGAAGAUUUACUUCAAGACCGACUGUUAGAAAGUAUGAGGGAGUGUUUUUCCAAGGACUGGAUGAAGGAAGAGGAAGCAAGUAAUCUCAAAACUACUGUCAAAGAUGAGAAGUGCGCUUCAGCGCGGGAAGUUGUUAGUCGGAAUUCGACUGCGAAAAUGUCUUACCAAGAAAAAAGAAGUGACAGAGAAAUGAUAUACAUUCCAGAGGCUAGAACGAUGGUCAGUUUUUCUACGGCCUCUUCGGGUUUAGCAAAUAAAAAAGGAAAGUCAUCGCCGAGAAAAGUCGAGCAAGACAACUUAGCACAACAGUGGUCGAAACAAACAUUGGCUGCAGCAAUUGCUAAACAGUUGACUGAGCAAAGAACUGUCUUCGAUAUUAAUAAAGCAUUCAACGUUGAAAAGAUUCAAACGUUUGAAAAGCAAAAAACGGCACAAACAGUAUCUAGCAAGAUGGGUAGACAUUUGGAUGCGAUGUGUAAUUCGACGACAGCUAUUGAUUUUAGCCUUGAUUUGGGUGGAUUUGAGAUUAAUACUUUCCCUGAAAGUGUGAGAAAAUUACAUGAAGAGGGAAAGCUCCAAAAACUUUUAAAACAAGCUGUCGGAUUGAGGCAAAAUAAGGCAGGUGUAUCCGCUAAAGUUGAUUCUAAAUACGGUGGUGGUAAACGAGUUGGAAAUGAGUUCAGAGUUUCGAAGGAAGAAUUAUUUGGCUAUCAGACGGAUAAUAUCGAUGAUCUGACAGAUGACGAUGACGAGAGUUCAGAUGAAGAAUGGAGUGAUUGCGAAACACUCGAUGAACAGCAUCCACACCGUCAUCAUUCUUGCGACAAUAAGACGAAAAGGAAAAGGACAACUUCUGGAACAGGACGAGAUGGACGGCACGGGCGUUGUGAUUGUUGUUAUUGUGAGAUGUUUGGGCAUGCCGCCACAGACAGUACCAAAUCAAGUCGUGCGCAGAUAAGAGAAAGGCUUCGGAUGAAACUAAAACGCCGAACUGUGCAAGAGCAACCUGAAACUGACACAAAAAAUCUGAAGGGAAAGUUGAUCUAUGCUGCCGCUAAUGAGAAAUCUAAAAAAUCGCCCGCAGUUAUUCCCGACACGCCAAUUGAGGAAAUUCUGGAUUACAUUAACGAAAAAGACAUUGCAGCUGCACAAGCUGCAGCAAAUAAAGCAGCUAAACGAGCUAGGCAGAAGCUCCGAAAACAAGAAGAAAAGGAAAGGCAAGAUAGAGAACGAAAACUCAAAGAAGAGCAAAAGAAAGCUACUGAGGCUGAGUUUAUAAAAAUGAAGAAGGAACAGCAAGUGGCACAACAACAGGUGAAAAAAGAACAUCGAGGAGCACAGCAAGGGAUAAAAAAAGCAAAGCAGAGCAAACCUGAAGCAAAAAAGAAGAAAGCGGACCGAGUACGAGGAAAGAAAAAAGAUGGUCGUGAUCGAAAAAAAGAAACUGAACAACAUUUCUCAGAAACUCAAGAUAUCGAAGUUCCAAAGGAACCGAUUUUAGAAUUUGAAUAUUGGAAUGAUCCGGAAUUCAAACGAUUGGCAUCGACAAAGGAGCAAAAACUGCCACGACAUGCGUCAGAAGCGUUGUCAUUAUCAUCAUUGUCCUCAUCUGUACCAUCUUCAUCUUCCAAGCCAUCUCGUUGUGGUCCAGCAUUCACAGUGCGUGAUUUUGAUUUCGUCUCGUUUAACGGAAACAGUAAUACAACUCAAUCGCCUUCUCUUGGUGUCAUGAAUGCGCCUUUACAAAAUAAUUCGCGUAGUGAUAACGGCGCGGCGCAAAAUUCCCGAAAUGUCAACACCAACACCGCUACACGGAGAUUUACGCCUCCCGAUUCCUUGUCUUGUUCAAAACGGUGUUCACUAGAUGUUAUUCCUGUAAAUAAUGUGAUUUCUGAUAUCCCUGCGCGAGAUCCGUUAAAUUUUGUUUCUCUCGAGCAAGAUGUCAUUGCUAAUAAAACACAGAACUCGCAAUAUCUAAAUAAGAGAUUUCUGGUCAAUCAUCAGAAUGGUAUAAUAAGCACUACAGGAAGCGUGAACACUACACAAUUGAACAAGAUAGGAACUGGCAGAGCUUUGCCUGGUUCCAGCCAGCUAACGGCUGCAGUUCGUGCAAAAAGAAAUGAAGCAUGUAAGACGUUUCUUUCGUCAUCGAGUCCAUUGGCGAACUAUGACUCGGAAACUCAGAAACUUGCCGCUUUCGCGAAAGAGGAUGAAAUUUUCCAUAGCCAAAGUCCGAUGAUUUUUGAACCAGGUGACCCACGCAUUGCGGUCGCAAUUGCAGAGAUGAAGUUCGACCCACACGAAGCAUUCAAACCACGUCCUGAUAGUGAAUUAGAGUUUCUCGACCCUCUUGAAUUGGAAGUGGAACAUUUCAAACGUGUGCUGUGGGAAGAGGAACAGUUAACGAGACCUCGCGUGCCAUUGCGAGAACUGCGGAAGAUUGACCCAGAGAAUGAACCCAACGCGGUAUUUCACUUUGCCCCUCUUGUGUAA